AUGGAGGCUUUCGUCGAUAUGUUAAUUGAGAUGGGCUAUGAAAAGGGAUACGCCGAGCAGGCGGUGAAAGAAACAAACAGUAGGAGCAUAGAGGCGGCUUUGGAUUGGAUAGCUGAAAAUCCUAAUGAACCUGGGCCGUCCCAAUCAAUUGAAGGAUCAUCAAAUCUAGUUGCCCGCUCAUAUGUCUGCGAAGAAUGUGGAAAGAAGCUAAGAAAUGAUGAUGAGAUGCAGUUUCACAGUGCAAAAUCUGGUCACUGUAAUUUCAGUGAAUCUUCUGAGGAAGUCAAAGCAUUGACAGAGGAAGAGAAAAAGGCAAAAAUGGAAGCUUUAAGAGUAGCUUUAGAGGAGAAAAAGAAAAAACGUUUUGAAGGGGAGAAACAGAGGGAAAUUGACGAUGAAAAGCGGCGUCGUAACCAAGGCAAAACGCUCUUAACUGCUAAGCAAGAAUUCAAACAGAAAAUGGAAAGAUUGGAAGCUGAAGAUAGGAAGAGGCAGAAGGCUGAAGAUAAAGCUUACAGAGCACAAUUGCUUGCUGAAAUUGAAAAGGAUAAGGCUGAGAGGCAAAAUAGAAAAAAUGGUUGCGCUCCCGAGAAAACUACAAUUUCAUCUCCUCCCACGAAGUCAAGCUUACCUUCUACUGUCUCUUCAGACGAAUGUCGUCUUCAGAUUCGAACUCCAUAUGGAGCGCCUCUAAAAUCCACUUUUAAGUCUACCAAUAAAUUGGUUGAUGUUCUUCAAUAUGUCUGCAAUAACUGGCCCGAUGAACCUAACGGCAUUACGCGAUCAGUGAUUGAUUCAGAAGGAGUAACUUUGCAGACUACCUUCCCGACCAGAAAAUUUACCGACGAGGAUCAGUCAUCUACGCUUCAGGAACUCGGACUCUGUCCCUCUGCUGUUAUUAUGGCGAAUCGGCUGAUGAAGUACUACUAG